UUUAUAGCGGAAACGAGACCUCCCUGACCAAUGACAGGAGCCGUAUGGCGGAAGAGCCGAAUGGUCUCCUAGGCCGACUGCAGCCUAGGUCCGGUCACAAGUUGAUUGGCAGGUGCUGCCACCAGAAAGUGAACAUUGUAGCGCCAGCGGCGGAUCGGAGGCGGAAGCCCAAAAGAGCGCUGCCCUGAGCUCAGGAAGGUGUCGAAGGCACAGAUACAGCUCUCUACAGGGCAGGCGGCGGAAAGGCUCUAGACUCCAGGCCCUGUGUCCCGAGCUCAGCCCUCCGAUGUCCCACCGCCCAGAGCCUGCAUGCGCCGCAGGGCGCCCCAAGACCAGGAGCUGGUGGGUCCAGGAGCUCCUGGGCGGGGGUCCCGGGGCGCCCCUCCUCCCUCGGGACCUGUUGUCCCGGUCCUCGUAUUUCCACCGGAUCUAGUAUUCAGGGCGGACCAACGGAGCGGACCAAGGCAGCUGCUGACCCUCUAUAACCCCACGGGAGCUGCGCUUCGCUUCCGAGUCCUGUGCACAGCACCUGCCAAAUACACAGUGUUUGACGCAGAAGGAUACGUGAAACCUCAGUCCUGCAUUGACAUUGUGAUUCGCCACGUGGCCCCCAUUGCCAGCCACUAUGAUGUCCAGGACCGCUUCCGCAUUGAGCUGUCUGAGGAGGGAGCUGAGGGCCGAGUGGUGGGGCGCAAGGACAUCACCUCGGUUCUGAGGGCUCCAGCCUACCCCCUUGAACUUCAGGGACAGCCUGACCCAAUGCCCAACCCAGGGCCUCCUUCCUGGACAGCACCACCCACGGCCAGACACCCCCCUGAGAAAUCCCACCCACAACUGGCCACCAGCUCCUUCCUCCUCUUCUUGCUGACGGGUUUAGUCUCUGUGGCCUUCCUGCUGCUCCCGCUCCAGGAUGAACUCGGCAGCCAGCUGCCCCAAAUCCUGCACGUCUCCCUGGGACAAAAAUUGGUGGCAGCCUAUAUCUUGGGCCUCCUCACCAUGGUCUUCCUCCGGACCUGAGUCCCCUGCUCAACCUCCACCCCUCUCCCCGGGCAGAGAUGUGGGCGGGAGACAGCCACUGUGAUGCUCAUACCUUGCCUCAACUCCUACUCCCUUCUUGCCACUCCUUCCACCCCCGACAAAAAAUACCCAGGGAUUUGUAUUCAUUUUCCAAGUUUAAUAAAAUAAAUUUGCAAGAUUAAACUGAGAAA